AUGAGUCAUCGUCGUCGGGGUGGUGUUGAUGAUGGGGAUGGGGACGUAUCCCCCCAGGAACUGCUGCGGUGGUUGAAUGUGCACGAGGCGAUGGAACUGCCAGAACACAACGUGGUGUUCCCCUGGCUGCACUCUUACUCCAGGAGUGUCCCACCAGUGUACCCUGAUGCGGUGGCCGUGUUGCGGUCGCGGAGACUCUAUGGAGGAGCGCCCCAUUGGCUGCCGGACAGCGGGGUCAUCGUGAACUCGCUGGACCCGGGGGACUACCUGAUCUCAUGGACGGAUCAAAUCAAGUUUGACGUGUUGCGGGACCCGGACCUGACGGGGGACAACGACGCACAGGAACUGCAUGAGAUUGUGGAGAGUGUACUGUUGCAAGAUGGGUUCAAUCGGCAAGUUAUACUGCCCAACGGAACGGUACUGGACAGUAUUGUGGGCUACUGCGUUGAGAACAGAGUGCUACCCUUCUUGAAGACUGAUCCGGAAGCGUGGCAGAAGUAUUGCAAUAAGAACUACUACAGUUCCGUGUCGAACAGCGUGUUGCAAGGACAGGGCGGAUCGCGGACGGCCAACUCGAUAAGAACCGUGCAACAAUCGCACAACUUUAGGCGGUUCGACUUGCAACCGGCCAAAAUGGUAGAGCUCGCGUUCAAGUCCGUGGUAUACUGUUUGAAUCUACCACCGGGUUCCACUGCACCGCAAAGUCACAACGCGGCUACCUGCUGCUCGUGCUCAGCGUUGCAACAGGUUCUCGACGUGGCACUACUGUUUAUCCAGAAAUGUUACACGGAUGCAAACCAAGCUAGGGACUUGCCCCACCGUGAGUUGCUCACAUUGGCGUUCACUAACCUGGCGCAGGAUUUCCCCGCUGAAAUAUUCGGCACGCCGCCGCUUACUACAGAGUCCAUGAACCGCGUGUCGCCGAUUCAACUGGCGACGCAGAGCGACGUGAUGGCGUUCAAUAACUGGGAUUCGGACUUACACUUCCACGAAAAGCUCGAGAUGCAGAAAAUGUCCUCGAUGACGCUGGUAGACGAGAAUCACCGGCUCUGGUGUGGGAAUCUGACGGACUACCAAGUGUACAGGCUCUUCCAAAAGAAUGGAUACGCGCCGAACGACAACACCGAUACAAAACCGCUAUACUACGAACCGGGCAGCUCAGUGGCGACGCUGGGCCGCAUUCACUACGACAAGAACCAUUUUGAGGAGACAGACUCGCAGCUGUUUAACAGGGAGCUCCCGAUGCAGGAGCCCCUUAAGGUGAUUAUCCACUGUUCCGAUCGAGCGACCUUCCCGAACGUGAAACGUCUCUGGAGGGAACUGGAGGAGACACUGCGGGAAUCUCAGGAUACAACUUUUGCGCUGUCAUACCCGUGUUCUGGGUCCCUUGCAUUGGGGAACUUGAACAUAAGUUCCAUCGAAUCCAUUCUCAACACUUGCUACGCGCUGUACCAAAUCAGCAAACUGACGCCGCUAUCGACGUUGCUGUACUGCACAGACGGGUACACAGAGACAACAUUGCUGCUAGUCACGUAUCUGAUUUUCCUAUGGGAUUUAUCCCUAGAGGAUGUCAUAUUCCAAUUGCAUAAAGAGAGGGAGCGGCCCUUCUACCUGUUCCAAGUGGACCUUCAAAUCCUGGGCCACUUGCAAACGUUACUGCGGAACUUCUCUCCGAAACGGACUCACAACCGAACUGUGUACGACAGUGCAGCUGCUCACGGGGGUCCCAUGCCACCAUUGGCGAUAAGUGCUGAGAUGUUCAGCGAGGUAUUCCUGAUGAAGCUACCAGACUCCCUAACGGACUUCAACAAGUUGAAUGGCCCACUGCCCUCGCGGAUACUGCCCCAUUUGUACCUCGGGUCUCUCGAACACGCUCAUAACCCAGAGAUGUUGCGGCGGUUGGGGGUGACACACAUUGUAUCAGUUGGUGAGAACCUCUCGUGGGUCUCUGCGAACCGCACCACGCGGCACAUGGGGGUUGUGAGACACAGGGGGAUCUCAUCUCCCCCUCCACCGCCGACGCAACAGGCGAUACCCCAUGGUAUACUGUCCCUGAGGGAAUCCUCGCGCCGACGGCUGACCUUGUCGCAAGAGCCUGGCCCUGGAGAGGGCGACUCUGCCGGGCUGUUCAGUGUGUUUGAGCAAGAUGGGUUCCAGAUCUGCAAGAUCGACAACCUGGAGGACAACGGGCGCGACCUGCUGACGGGUCAAGGUCAGCUGGACCGGACUCUCGAGUUCAUCGACCGCGGCGUCCUCGCUGGUGGGAAAGUAUUUGUGCACUGCAUGGUUGGUGUGUCAAGAUCCGCCACGGUGUGCAUAGCGGAGUGUAUGAAGCGGUUACAAGUCGACUUGCUGAGGGCGUACCUGUACGUUCGUGUUCGCCGGUUGAAUAUCAUCAUCCAGCCGAACCUGAUGUUCAUGUACGAGCUUCUGAAGUGGCAAGAGACGAGCCCUGGUGUUGUACGGCGCACGGACUGGCAUGUACUGUGCCGUGCCAUUGCGGAAUUGAACAGGAAGUACAUCCGAUAG